CGCACACGAAGCGCAGUCGCCGGCAACACACGUCGACGUCCAACACCAUGGCUGAUCGUGGAGGAGAUCGCGGCGGCGACCGCGGCGGCUUCGGCCGCGGCUUCGGCCGACGCGGCGACGACAAGGAGGCGGGCUGGACGCCGUGCACCAAGCUCGGCCGCCUCGUGCAGCAGGGCAAGAUCAAGUCCCUGGAGCACAUCUACCUCUUCUCCAUCCCGGUCAAGGAGUACCAGAUCGUCGAGCACUUCAUCGGCGCGCAGCUCACGGAUGAGGUGAUGAAGAUCAUGCCGGUGCAGAAGCAAACCUCGGCGGGGCAACGCAUGCGUUUCAAAGCGUUCGUCGUCGUCGGCGACUCCAACGGCCACAUCGGGCUCGGCGUCAAGGCGUGCAAGGAGGUUGCGCACUCGAUCCAGGGCUCCAUGAUCCUCGCCAAGCUGAACAUCGUCCCCGUGCGGAGAGGAUACUGGGGCGGGAAGCUCGGCGCGCCGCACACCAUCCCGGCCAAGUCCACUGGGAAGUGCGGCUCCGUCACCGUGCGGCUCGUCCCGGCGCCGCGCGGCGCCGGGAUCGUCGCGGCGAUCACGUCCAAGAAGGUGCUCGCCAUGGCGGGCGUCCAGGACGUCUACACGCAAACCACGGGGUCUACGAAGACGCUUGGAAAUUUCGUCAAGGCGACGUACUACGCGUUGAAGAAGACGUACGGGUUCCUCUCCCCGGAGCUGUGGAGGGAGACGACGUUCACGAAACCCCCCGCGCAGGAGUUCACGGACUUCUUGAGCAUGAAGAAGGAAAUCUCGCACAAGACGCACGACGACGAUCGGUACUGAGCCUGAGCCUGAGCGGCGGCGGCGGCGGCGCGGAGACUCUCGACUAGCGAGACGACGAAGAGAGCGAGCUACGAGACGCGUGGCGGGGUUUGGAAGGGCGUAUAGACAGCCUUGCUUGGAAUCCAAUCGCGACUUAAGUACGCU